AUGGCUCUGAAUGUACACAACAACACCUCUUCACUUAUCUCUCUCUCCUCUCUUCCUCUUUCAGGUUGUGGUGGUGUAGGUGUCCUCCUUGUCCUAUGUGGGUGGUUGGAGCUCUCCUCUCCCUGUCCCAGAGACUGUAUCUGCUACACCUCUCCCAGCACUGUGUCCUGUCAGGCCCAUAACUUUCUGUCUGUCCCAGAGGAGAUCCCAGCCCAGAGCGAGAGGGUCUUCCUGCAGAACAACAAGAUCCAGCGUCUCCUGCGGGGCCACUUCAGCCCCACCACGGCCAUGCUGUGGCUUUACUCCAACAACAUCUCCUAUAUCCAGGCCUCCACCUUUCACGGCUUUGCCCGCCUGGAGGAGCUGGACCUGGGGGACAACCGUCACCUGAGGGCCCUGGCUUCAGAUACCUUCCAGGGGCUAGGCCGGCUACACGCCCUGCACCUCUACCACUGUGGUCUUCUCAGCCUGCCAUCUGGGAUAUUUGAGGGGCUCAGCAGCCUGCAGUACCUCUAUCUACAGGACAACCAGUUGGAGUUCCUGGAGGAUGAUCUGUUUGUUGACCUGCUGAACCUCAGCCACCUCUUCCUCCAUGGCAACAGGCUAUGGUCUCUCCACCAGAACACCUUCAGGGGUCUGGGGGUGCUGGACCGGCUCUUGCUGCACCAGAACCGUUUGCAGUGGGUCCACCGUCUGGCCUUCCACGACCUGCAUCGCCUCACCACCCUCUACCUGUUCAACAACUCUCUGACUGAGCUGUCUGGGGCCUGCCUGGCUCUGUUGCCUGCUCUAGAGUACCUCAGACUCAACGACAACCUUUGGGAGUGUGACUGCAAGGCCCUGCCGCUGUGGGAUUGGCUGCGAAGGUUCCGGGGCUCCACGUCGUCUCUGGGUUGCGUCUCUCCUCCAGAGCUUCAGGGCCGGGACCUGAAGGAGCUGAGGAAAGAGGAACUACCCAGCUGUUCAGCAGGAGAAACCCAGGGAGGAGGUGUCAUAGGCGGGGAGGCCGAGCUGGGGGAGUCCCUGAAGAAAGAGGAGGACCAUCGACUGCAUCACAGGAACCACAGGCACCGCCAUAACCACCACCAGCACCCACACCUCCCACACGGGGAUCAGCACAACGGGGACCUGUCCCCCUCGCCCCUACCCCUGCCCAGGCCGCCCAAGGGGAGCCGCAGGAACUGUACCCGCAACAGGGGGCGUAAGGGAAAGGGAGGGGGUCAGGGGGGCUUGAAUGAGGUGCAGACACUGAGGGAGGGGGAGGAGAAGGACAACGCCCCUGGAGGGGGUAAACACGACCCCUCUGCCCCCACUCGCAGGAGGAACAAGUGUGUCCCUAGGACUUCAGUUGGACCGCCCAGCGGGGUCAAGAGAGCCAAUAGUAAUGCAGCGUCCCGCUCCGUUGGGACUUUUCUCUGUGUCCUAUUGGCUGGGCUGCUGUCACUCACUGCUGUGAUCCUCCUCUGA